AUGUUUCUGCUGUUGAUGUUACUUUUAUUUACAAAAAAUGGCAAUACUGGAAAUAUAAAAACUGACGAAAUAACAACUAAAAAUUUACCACCAGCCACAAUCAAACAUUACCCUUUCAUAGUGGGCAUUAGCUACGUGGAUUCUUUGGCGUCACAAAUGUUUUGUACCGGAAGCCUCAUUGAAGAAAGCUGGGUCCUCACGGCUGGCGAUUGCGUGGCUAAGCAAAGAGAAUAUUUUAUCACUUAUACUAAAACAACUAAUUAUCAACAAAGUUUUGUGGACGUGAAAGUGCUUAGAAGAAUUCUGCACCCAGAAUACACUAAACAUAAUCAUGCCAAGAAUAUAGGGCUAAUGAAAAUCGAAAAAGUUAAUGACAUAUCCACGUACGCGCAAUUGUCAACAAGCGACUAUACGAAGCGUGUAAUGUUGCCAGUUCUUUACGCCAGAUAUUCGUAUAAAAAAUGUGCAUUGCAUCUAGAAAGAAUGCAUAUUUCCCACUGCCCAAAUAAAGACGUAAAAUUAAAAAAGUUUAUUUGUGUUGAUACUACACCAAGUACAUUGUUCUAUGACGGAGUACAUCUUUUACACAAUCAUACUAAAGUAAUAGGCAUUUACAGUGGGAUGACAAAGAGGUUUGUGCGUAUCAGCGACCACUACCACUGGAUUCGUGAACAGAGAGAGAAAGAUCCCUUAAGCAUUCUUAGUGUUGCGCUGAAUGUAGAAAUUGAUGACGAGGGUUCACAAAACUAAACAACAUGUAAAGUUUUCCAUCAAGCGCGGGUAGAUUUUGUCAAUUAUGAGCGGCCAUGUUGUUGAAGUUGUUUUUGUCAAAUUUGUUGUUUAUUUAUCAGUCCCUAAAGAUAAAUAUCAUGGCUAGUUACUGCUUUGAGCAACACGUGCAAAUGAUAAAAAUGUAUUAUCAUAAUGGGUGUUCUAUUGUGGCAACGAUGCGCGCGUAAUAGACUGCCUCGGAUUAUCCUGAAUACUCUCAGGAACAGUGGCGGUGUUUUCGGCAGAUCUUAUGUUUCGUUGACGUACAGGUGUUGACUAUGGUUUACAAAAACUGGUUGCGUCCGUCACCGAGAGACAUAAGUUCAAAAGUCUCAUGUGCCUGUAUAUAAAUUUAAAUAUUGGCAUUUUUAGUACAUCACUAAGACUUUUUGUUUUAUAACAAAAAAGAUAGAUAACAAAAUUUACAUCCGGUCAUUUAAAAUGCAAUAAUAAAACAAAAAAGAAACAACUUAUUGUAAUAACUC